AUCUGUGCAAUUGCUCAUGUAACUGCCAAAAAAAUGCCAACCCUUCACCGACAUGAGGAAGAGAAAUUCUUCAUAGGCGCUGAAGGCAGGAAAGAGCCUGUACCAAGUAUACAUGAUCCCCCUACAAGGGAACUCUCUGUCGUUGUGCCUGCAUACAAUGAGGAGGACCGGUUACCUCUUAUGAUGGAUGAAGCUUUGGAUUAUCUAGAAAAAAGACAGAAACGAGAUCCUUCAUUCACUUACGAAGUGAUAGUGGUCAAUGACGGUAGUAAAGAUCAAACUGUAAAGGUUGCAUUGAAGUACUGCAAGAAAUAUGGAAGCGACAAAGUGCGAGUGCUUCCUUUGGUAAAAAAUCGAGGGAAAGGAGGAGCAGUCAGGAUGGGUGUCUUUAGUUCUCGGGGAAAAAAAAUUCUUAUGGCUGAUGCAGAUGGAGCUACAAAAUUCGCAGAUAUUGAGAAAGUAGAAGAUGGUCUAAAAAGUCUCCAGCCAUGGCCUAACCAGAUGGCUAUUUCCUGUGGUUCUAGAGCUCAUCUGGAGAAGGACUCUAUAGCAAAGCGCUCUUACUUUCGAACCCUUCUUAUGUAUGGGUUCCACUUCCUUGUAUGGUUUCUCUGUGUCAAAGAGAUCAGGGACACACAGUGUGGAUUUAAACUUCUAACCAGAGCAGCUGCCUCUCGGACUUUCUCAACUCUUCACAUAGAACGCUGGGCGUUUGAUGUGGAACUUCUUUAUAUAGCUCAGCGCUUGAAAAUACCUAUAGCAGAAGUUGCUGUCAACUGGACUGAAAUAGAAGGUUCUAAGUUAGUUCCCUUUUGGAGCUGGCUGCAGAUGGGCAGGGAUCUUCUUUUUAUACGACUGCGAUAUAUGACUGGUGCCUGGCAGCUUGAAACAAGAAAAUGUAAUUAG